ACUGCCUAAUCCCUCCCACACGGGCCACACGGACCAGCCACUCUCCCAUAAGGCGCGUGAGAAAGAGGGUUUUGGUUUCUGUAGCUCUCUUCCAUUUUAAUCAUUUUCUGCCGGCACCCAACAACAUCCUGACCCACUACGUAGCGCGCGCCAUACCGUUCAAACCUCAUUUCUUCAUCGGUGGAUUUCCAGUAUCACACCCGAGUUCCUUUUCUGCAGGUGUUUCCGACCAUCCACCGGGUUACAAACAGUAGUUUCAUCCCAGAAAGUGGGAGAUGACUGGCCUCGAAGGUGUCGGCGGUUGUGGUGGUGAGAACUCGACCGUGGUGGAGUCACGGGAAUGGGUAAUGUCAGCCUACGCCGCCGAAGGAGUGCCGACGUCCGAUCACCUCAAACUCCGCACCACAAAACUAUCGCUCGACGCCGACUCUAUCCCCGACGGUCACGUGGCCGUCGAACUCCUUUGGAUUUCCGUCGACCCGUAUCUCCGAACAAGAAUGACCGGUCACGACGACGGGCUCUACUUUUCCCAAUUUGCCCUUAACGAGGUGAUAACGGCAUUUGGAGUCGGGAGGGUAAUUCUGUCAAAAAAUGGUAAAUUUUCCACGGGUGAUAUCGUGGUGAACCCUUUCUUCCCAUUCGCGGAGUACUGCAUCGCACCGCCUACCUUUCUGCGAGUGAUUGAUCCAACGGCCGGGAUUGAACUUCCGGCUUAUCUCAGCUCUCUUGGGGUUCCUGGGUUUGCAGCAUGGGUGGGAAUUGAGGUGCUUGGGAACCCUAAGCCGGGAUCCAACGUAUUCAUCUCGGCGGCCGCCGGUGGCGUCGGAAUAUUCGCCGGGCAGUUGGCUAAACUCAAAGGCUGUAGAGUCGUGGGCAGUACCGGGACCGAUGAAAAGGUGAAACUAUUGAAAGAGGAGUUUGGAUAUGAUGAGGCAUUCAACUACAACAAAGAAACAGAUUUUGAUGCUGCUUUAAGCAAGUAUUUCCCUAAUGGUAUCGAUCUGUACCUUGAUAAUGUUGGUGGUAAGAUGCUUGAGGCAGUCCUCAACCAUGUGAAUCUCCAUGCCCGGAUACCAAUCUGUGGAAUGAUAUCUCAAUAUAAUCAGAUUUGGACAGAAAGAGAAGGGGUCAGGAAUCUACUGAAUAUGGUGGGAAAGGAAGUGAGAAUGGAAGGGUAUUUGGUGGGUUCAUAUCUGGAUCGGUUUGACGAUUUUACAAAGGAGAUGGAGACCUACACAAAAGAAGGGAAACUAAGAUCCAAACACAAAAUCUACUGUGGGAUGGAGAGCUUCAUUGAGAGCUUGGGAUCAAUGUUCACUAGCUCUAACAUUGGAAAAGUAGUCAUUCAAGUUAAGCCAUGAUUUUAUCCUUACCGACACUAUGUUCUUUCCGUGUUUGCAUUGAAUCUAUAUCUGGAUUUCCAAGCCUUGUUGGUUCAUAUGAAAUGAUAAUGAAUGUUAUUAUUUGAAUAUUCCAGCCUUUUAUUUA